UGCUGAAACAGAAACUUAACUUAAUGGAUAAUAAGAGUAAAAAAACGCCCGGGUGGCGCUGAGAAGCAUCGGGAAAAAAAGCUGAAGUCUCUGGAGGUGGAGGCUGCUAAAUGUGCCAAACUGACGGACCUAUGUGGUGCCGGGUUCACCAGCCCAGCAGCAGCAGGUGCGCCGGGAGACGAGCGAGGAGGACUCGACAAUGAUGAGCGAGUGGAGGCAGACAUAUGAGAGGAUCUUCCAGUAAAACGCUGUGCUGGGCAAUCUUAGCUAUUGUUGGCCUUAUCUACGGUGUUCUUUCUUUAUUUGUAUAUUUCGAGCCUCCAUCUCCUGUGUGUCCGACUAUGUCUACAGUAGCCGAUGAAAAAACGUAUGAAGCCACAGGGGCAAUUGAAAAGCCCAUCGUUCUGCUGUGGUUCUGGCCUCAUGGUGUGAUGUUUGAUUUUCAAAUCUGCUCAAGCUACUUCAACAUUGAUGGCUGCAUUCUGACUGAUAACAGGUCAUUGUACAGCCAAGCCGAGGGAGUCAUCAUCUUCCAAAAAGGCAUAAACUGGCAGUUGGAUAACCUGCCCAAGGAGCCACGUCCAUAUUUUCAGAAGUGGAUUUGGUACCAUGUGGAAUCUCCCACGAACACGCAGAAGAUACCAGGUCUGGAAAAUCUGUUCAACUUAACAUUGAGCUACAGAAGAGAUGCUGACAUCACAGUGAGGAAUGAGGUGACGAUCAAGCAAACAGAGACAAAGGAGGAAGUAGUUCUGCCCAAAAAGGACAAACUGGUUUGUUGGAUUGUCAGUAACAGUAACCCAGCUACUGGAACGUCUGUGAGAGAGAAAUAUUACACAGAACUGUCCCAACACAUAAAGGUUGAUGUCUUUGGUGCUUUUACAGGGCAGUGGUUGAAAUAUGAAGACUAUUACCCCACCCUUGCGAGUUGUAAGUUUUAUCUCUCAUUUGAGAACUCGCUCCACGUAGACUACAUAACAGAGAAGGUCAACGGGCCCCUUGUAGCAGGGACCGUCCCUGUAGUUCUGGGUCCACCAAGGGAAAACUACGAGCAGUUCCUUCCCAAUGGUUCCUUCAUUCACAUAAAUGAUUUCCCUGAUGCUAAAGGUCUGGCAGAGUUUCUGCAACGCCUGGACAAGGACCAUGAAGCAUACAUGAGUUACUUUGAGUGGAGAAAGUAUUAUGAAGUCACUGCUCAUCUUUUGUCAAUGAGAAAUGAAUUCCUUCAUCCUGUCUGCCUCGCCUGUGACCACAUCUCAAAGUACAAAGAAUACCAUGUUGUCAAUGAUCUUUAUGGUUGGUACUUUUCAUGAAAACUACAUUGAGAACAUAAUUUGACUGACUAUAAACUAGAACCUAUUCUUUGAAUUUGUGUGAUUGCUUUGACCCUUUAUAGAGUAAUGAUUUUUUUAAAUAAUCAAUAUAGUUCACAUGGUAACCGCUGAUAUUAUCAUCAUAUAUAUUUGUUAUGUAGAUCACUCUUAGCACAGAUGGGCCUUGGUGAGUACACUUUGCAGAGUAAAACUGGAGCUGAUGAAAAUAGUGCUGCAAAUGUUCUCUGUUCUGAGUCACUUUGAGUGAAACAACUAAGUAAAUAUUCAAAUAGAAAAAUAUGUUUUAUAUAUGUCAUUGGGGUCAUUUGGAUGAUUAUUUUAUGUUUGUUUUUGCUUUCUUUAUAGUUACUUAAUUAGAUAAUUUUUUUCUGUUCCUUUACCUUUUUUUUUUUUUAAUUAAUAGUUUUUCCAUCAGGGAUGUUUGAGCAAACCAAAAUAGCAGUUUGUAAAAUAUAAAGACUACAAGUGAACUUCCAGUUUCUAUCCUGACUGUUUUAUGUUUUCUAUUGAGUAGGGUUGUGCUAAUGAAUAGGUGGGGCAUCAUUUGCAUGGAUCCAGCUGAAUAUCUGCACACUCACAUUAAAAUCAGCCAUCAUUUUACAACUCUAAGGGACAAGUCUGUGCUUUACACCUGCUUUACACUGUUUUGAUUUAAAAUUAACUCGCCAACACCAUUUGGUGGGGAGAUAUCUUGUUGAGCAGAAAUUAUGCUAUUCUAUCUAAAUAAACAAUG